ACGGUUGUCUUUGUUCCAAAGUCAAACCUUGCAACGACGAAACCUCCACCGUCAGCCAAAAUAUUCAAAGACUCGGCACCGCAACAUUGUAGUCUUUUGUCUUGCAUUUAGCAGCUGUUUAAAUGCGACAGGAUCUUAUGUGAGUCGCGGACAGCCAUCGUGGAGAAUCAUUCGGCACCGUUCCCACGAAAUGGUCAAAGUCGCUUCCAGGUCUUCGAUGUGGAUCCCAUGAGGACGAGCAAAGCACCAACUUACACCAAGUUACCUUGACGUUUAUAUUGGUCACACGAGAGACAAGCUUUCAAAGUUGAUUAAUUGAUUGAUCAACCCAAGCUACCUGUGAUAAGAACGACAUUCUCGCAAAACGAAACAUGGCACCAUCCAAAUAUCACCGCUUCGCUAACGGUGAGCGCUGCGAGGAAUGCUCAGCGCGCUACUGGUACGCGCAAGAUGGCCUGCGCUACUGCCGCAACGGCCACCAGCUAGAAGGCUUCGCUUCGCACGAGGCGGGUGAGGACGACUUCAACCCAACGGGCAAAGUGACGCGGAAGAAACGGGAACGGCGCGAGCGGAUCGCCGUUAAGCUGGAGGGCGCCGCGGGUAGGGAGCUGUAUCUCGAGGUGUUGCAGCUUAUUCUCAGGAGGCAGCUAUGGUGGCUGGUAAAGGAUAAGGGGCUGCCUCAGGAACUCGAGGCGGUUGUGAAGGGGCUUUGGGAUUUGAGGGUGAGGAAUUUGCCGUUGAGGGGGGAGGGAGAGAGCGGGAAGGAGGUGGGGCCCGAGUCAGAGACGGAGAGCUUUUUCAGUGCGCAGAGCGAUACGGGGACGGAGUUGAGUGAGGAUGAUGCGGCGUCCGUUUCGACGAGGAGUUGGGCGCCCGAGGCGGGGAGGUCGUGGAAGAUGCCUAAGCUGAUGGACACUCUGGCUUUGUGCUACUUGGGGUGUCUGACGAUGCGUUUGCCAGUUACGACAGCGGACUUUCAGGUUUGGGCUCAAAAAGGGGAUAUGGAGUUCUUGGCUGUAGUCAAUUCGUUACCUCAAAACGUACGAGAUCGUCUGCCAGCGCAGUACCACAGAGCUUUAGAGGUCAAGGAUCACAUCAAAACUGGCAAGCUCCUAUCUGCCGUCCAGGAAAUGGCCAUAUCCUUCAACUUCAACUUCGAGAUUAAGUUCCCAGCACUCAACUACGUUCCCAUGCUGGUCCACUAUAUUGAGGAGUUGACUCUACCUCUCAACAUUUACCUCACAGUUAAAUGCUUGGCCGAGAUGCUACAAGCAGACUUUUCAUAUCCCCUUUCCGGGGCUAAGAAACGCAUUCGGUCAAUGAACAAUCCAGAAGUGUUUUUGCUGACAUUAGUCGUGGUUGCUACGAAGCUUCUCCACCCACUCGAUGGCAUUGAGCGGCCACCAGCAAGCCACAAUGAUCCCAGAGUCAUGCAGCUCAACUGGAAAGAAUGGCAGCAUGCUAGGACAAAACGAGACGGUACUAAGGGGCUGGAAAAAGGCACCGAAUACAGGGUCACAGCAAAUGAAGCCUUGACACUGGACAAGACGAAACUCGACGACUACAUGGACUGGUUCGAGAAGAUGUGGAUUGGAAACGGCGAACAAGCCAGGGCUGUUGACUCUAUACGAAGGCCAUUCCAGGCCAGUAGGUUCGGCACCACUGACAGCCAGUCGCAAGCUGAUAAACGUUUAUUACCGGAGAACGAUGUGACGAUAAAGGAACGGUACCGAGUCGUCAAUGAAGGCAUAGUAGUCGUUGAGCCAGUGCCAGACCAGCUCGACAAGAAAACAGGGAAGCCGCAACGGCUCGAGCGAGACUUCUGUCCUGUCUGGCGCACAGAGGAGGAUCUGCCAGAGGUGGCCAAGGUCUUCUACCAAACAGCGGCGGACCUGGCUACGAUACAAUUGGGGACUCUUGUGACAGCUGCCGCUCAAGUUGAAAGGCGGUUGGAGCUGUGGUGUUUGGAGAGGGAGAAAGAGAGGCGGAAGGAACAGGCAGAUUUCGGCCCGGCUGUUGCGAAGGGAGCAAUCGUGGCCAUUGUGAAUUCAGUAUUGCGAGACAUGUCUUCAGAGCCAGAACCUACAGUGGAGGCGCCCCGUCCUGAGCAGUUGGCCACGAUUUCCUACCUUUUGAACGCGGAUUUUGCGAGGCGAGUUGAAUAUCAUUCUAUCACCAUUCAUCGACAACAACCACCGCGAGGACCAGCAAAAAUGCAGAUCUUCGUGAAGACCCUGACGGGCAAGACCAUCACCCUUGAGGUGGAGUCUUCCGAUACCAUCGACAAUGUCAAGUCCAAGAUCCAGGACAAGGAGGGCAUUCCCCCAGACCAGCAGCGCCUGAUCUUCGCUGGCAAGCAGCUUGAGGAUGGCCGUACUCUUUCCGACUACAACAUUCAGAAGGAGUCCACCCUGCACUUGGUUCUCCGUCUGCGUGGCGGUGUUAUCGAGCCCUCUCUUAAGGUUCUCGCCAGCAAGUACAACUGCGACAAGAUGAUCUGCCGCAAGUGCUACGCCCGUCUCCCUCCCCGUGCAACCAACUGCCGCAAGCGCAAGUGCGGUCACACCAACCAGCUCCGACCCAAGAAGAAGCUGAAGUAGACGAUUCUCCUUUCAAUGUCACGACGGUACUUGGUUUGGGCUUCACGAGGCAAAUCGGAAGCGGAUGGCAGAUCUCUGGGUGGAAGACACGACAUCGACUGCAUCCAUGGCUUGCGGUUCCCUUUCCCUACAGAAUAGCACGCCUAGUUUAGUGACAAUCAAACUAUGGUACAUGACCUGAUCUAGAAACCUGACAAUCAAUCAUUGACG